AUGUCGGCGUCGGAGCAGGGACCUAAGAUCAAGUACGGGGAAAGCGCUCCGAAGCUGGACAAGGCGCAGCUGCAGUUCAUGAAGCUGAUCGAGGAGCAGAACCUGGACCGCGUGCAAAAGCUGAAGCGCAUCCGCCGCAACAAUCUACUGACCGCCGGCGCUUUGGGUGUCUCUGUUUUGGCCAUCUACGGCUACUCCAUCUUUUCGGUGCAGCAGGAAAAGUUCCUGGACGACUUCGAGGAGCCCAAGAAGGUGUCUUCCUAG